GGGAGGACAGUGAGGAACUGGAUUUACCCGAUGUGUAUAUCUGCUUUUGACGCGAGUUAGUUUCUUGUUUUGGAUGACCGCUUAUUCACCCGCCUUUAAAAUGGAAGUGUAAAAGCUUACACGCGCUUAAUUGGAGUUUAUUCCAUAGGAGCCCGUUGAUAUUUUAGAGGUGAGGUCGCAGUGUGUGAUUAUAUCGAGGCAGUGUUUCCGAAUACAGAUUAUUACACUUAUCCCGAAUAGAUUUUCCUCAGCACUGCACAUGCAUGUCACCCGGCUCUGUUGAAGCUUCGCAUCGAUUCCCUGGUAGCCAUGGGCUUGUUGGUGCUCUCUAAUACCACAUACUUGGUUUCUGAGCGAUUAAACUGCCGUGUCAUGAUUGAAGACGCGCGCAGUGAAGAACCAAACAAAGUGCCACAAUUCGGAAAGCUAGCUCGCACCUGGUUCAGAAACAUCAAUCCUCUUGUCUGUCUGUGCAAAUCCUGAGCCGCGUGGAUAUUACAUAUCGAAGUCAGAGAAAGAGAAGGGGGGAGGGAGUUAGUGUCGGGUGAUUUCCUCCCCUCGCCAAAUUUCUGUCCGGGAGUCGUUGACACUCCUUCAUAACCCUGCUCUUUCGCGCAGAUGGCCAAAGCGCCGUGGGCACAGAAGUCUCCAAACCCCAGAAUUCUACUUACCGCACCGAACCCCAGUAGACAGACCACCGAGAUAGAGGAUGAGACCAUAAAAUAGCCUAGUGUUAAUUGUAGUUAUUUCAAUGAAUUCAUUAAUAUAGCCGUAUGGUUUUCUUUCCUACACCUUUGUGCAAACUCAUCUACACUCUAUGUGCACGUCCCCGGUACCAGCUGCACAUCCCCAGCCGGCGUUGGUGAUGCCAUGCCCCGCAACCACAGUGGCGAUGAAGCCGGUACUGGGCUCUGGAUGAAUACCUCCCCAGGGCGUCGGGCUCAGGACUACGGGUUGAAAGAUGUGGAGUCUGGACGGAGGAUGAUGAACAACGCGGUUCGAGUCGGAGACAGGAUGCUUUCGCUGGGCCCUGCAGGUGCAGACGGCGCGGAGAGGCAAAAGGGCGCCCGGAUGAGUUUGCUCGGGAAGCCGCUCAUCUACAGUGCGCAGAGCGGGCGCAGGAAUGUGCGCUACCGGCGUCUGCAGAAUUACCUCUACAAUGUGCUGGAGAGACCCAGGGCAUGGGCGUUCAUCUACCACGCCUUCGUGUUCAUCUUGGUGUUUGGCUGUCUGGUCCUGUCAGUGUUCUCCACAAUCCCUGCCCAUCAAGACCUGUCCAACCACUGUCUGCUCAUCCUGGUGAGUGAGUUUGUGAUGAUCGUGGUGUUUGGGCUGGAGUACAUCAUCAGGAUAUGGAGCGCAGGCUGCUGCUGUCGCUACAGGGGAUGGCAGGGACGCCUCCGCUUUGCCAGGAAACCCUUCUGUGUCAUAGACAUAAUUGUCCUCAUAGCUUCCAUUGCUGUGGUGUCCGCUGGUAGCCAAGGUAACAUCUUUGCCACCUCAGCAUUGCGUAGCCUUCGCUUCCUGCAGAUCCUGCGGAUGGUGCGUAUGGACCGCAGAGGGGGCACUUGGAAACUACUGGGAUCUGUAGUCUAUGCACACAGUAAGGAGUUGGUGACAGCCUGGUACAUUGGGUUCCUGGUGCUCAUCUUCUCUUCGUUCCUGGUCUACCUCGUGGAGAAGGAGUUCAACAAAGACUUUGCCACCUAUGCCGAUGCUCUGUGGUGGGGCACGAUCACCCUGACAACUAUCGGUUAUGGAGACAAGACUCCUCAGACAUGGACAGGUCGUCUGAUCUCAGCUGGCUUUGCUCUGAUGGGAAUCUCCUUCUUCGCCCUGCCUGCCGGUAUCCUGGGCUCAGGUUUUGCCCUGAAGGUACAGGAACAGCACAGACAAAAACACUUUGAGAAGAGGAGGAACCCAGCAGCCAGCCUCAUCCAGUGUGUCUGGCGUAGUUAUGCUGCUGAUGAGAACUCGGUUUCCAUAGCUACCUGGAAGCCUCAUUUGAAGGCGUUGCAUACCUGCAGUCCUGCAAAGAAAGAACAGGGCGAGACAACUAGCAGUACAAAGUUGAGCUUUAAGGAGCGGGUACGGAUGGCAAGCCCUCGCGGCCAGAGCAUGAAGAGCCGCCAGACAUCCAUCAACAAUGACCGACGCUGUUCCCCAGGCAACGAUGUGGCGGGCGCUAACACGGGAACCAGCCCUGCUAAGGUGCAGAAGAGCUGGAGCUUCAAUGACCGCACACGCUUUAGACCCUCCCUGCGCCUUAAGAGUCAAUCACGCACCACGCCCUCCGAGGUGGACACAGGAAUGGGGAAUGAUGACGCAUUCGGCGACAGAGUUUGCCACUGUGAUGUCACCGUGGAAGACCUAUCAGCUCCAUUGAAGGCUGUCAUCAGAGCCGUCAGGAUCAUGAAGUUUCAUGUGGCAAAGAAGAAGUUUAAGGAGACUCUGCGCCCGUAUGAUGUGAAAGAUGUGAUAGAACAGUACUCUGCAGGACACCUGGAUAUGCUCUGCAGAAUCAAGAGUCUACAGACUAGGCUGGACACCAUAGUGGGUCCUCCUCAGCAGCAGCUGCUGAGUCCCAGAGUCAAGACCUUUUCCUCCCCCUCCCUGCACUUAUAUUACAACCAGGCCAGGAGGAAGUCCAUGCCAGGGACGAAGUCUGUCCCAGGACUGGCCACUGGACUGGGUCCCACACUGGGCAGCAAACCUGGGAACAUGUCCUCCCCCUCCCUGCAAUUAUAUUACAGCCAGGCCAGGAGGAAGUCCACCCCAGGGAUGAAGUCCCCAGGGGUGGAUCAGAUACUGGGUAAGGGCCAAAUCCCCAUCGACAAGAAGAUCAGGGACAAGCUGCACCCUGACAGGGAUACUCUGGAGGACAUGAGCAUGCUGGGACGUGUGUGUAAGGUGGAAAGACAGGUGACGUCCAUAGAGUCAAAGCUGGACUCUCUGCUGGAUGUGUACAGGCAGGUGUUACAAAAUGGUUCGUCUGCCCUCACCCUCUCCUCCCUGCCCCUGUUCGAGCUGGAGCACCAGACCUCUGACUACCGAAGCUCCAUCCUCAGCAAGGACCUGUCCUCUGGCUCCCCCCAGGGAGGGGAGGGCAGAGGGGGGCAUGAAAGUGGUGGGGGGAUGUCCCGGUCAACAACAGGCCAUCUCUCCAGGGGCCUCCAGCUCAUCCUGGCCCCCAGCGAGCUCACCCUCAACACCUGCCCCCCAUCCUACCCUGCCUCCACUGCAUCCCUCACGCCCUCGCCUCUCCUGCCGCCUGACAGCCCCUACCCGCUCCUCACCACACCCAGUAGUUUCCCCAGGCGAGCGCACUUCCCUGACCUCCCGCCCCCUCCACCAUCCGCUGGUGCUGCCACCCUUCAGCUGCCCCCCAUGGGCCCCCAGCAAAGAUGUCCCCUCAGCCCCACCCAAGAUGCUACACGAGGGGGUAGGCUGGAGCAGAGCUCAGGCCUCUCUAUGGUGGUGGGCUCCGUGGUGGACCAUGGAGAGGAGGGGGACAGAGAGGGUGGACAUAGCUGGGGCAGGGUGCAGCUGAGGGGGAAGCCCCAUUUGAGGGAAGAGGGCCCCUGGAGGAGGCACAUGAGCCUGGAGGUGGACCCCAUGCUGCUGCUUUCCUCUGCAUGUGAUGGCAAGCCCUCGGUGCAGGAACAGGGGCUGGGGAAGUCCAUGUCGGCACAUAACCUCACCCAGCCAUCUGCAGACAACCUUACUCACCUGUCCUCCCACCUUGGCAACAGUAGAAGUUCUAGUAACGACUGCCAUGGCGACCCCGACGCUAGCAACUGGGGCGAGACAGACCUUUUCAUCACCGGCCGUGACCUGGAACCGCAGGAGGACCAGUUUGAUUUCCUGUCCCAGGGGAGUGACUUCCUGUCCCAUCCCACAGCGGACGGUACUGGCUGCUUGGACGUUCUGCGGACUGAAGAUGGGGGGUCCUUAAGCACUCUGACUGGUCCCUGCACCCACACAAUGGGCAGUGCAGAGUCCCUCAACCAGCCUACCCACGUACGACUAAAAUAACUCUUCCAUAGGAGUGAAUAAGAUAAACCCUCCCCCCAACACAUACAUUACCAAUAUUACCACUGGACAAACAACAAAUAUAAUUGCAACUGUUGAUUAUAACUCUGUUUUUAAGAGAUGGAGGGGGGGGGGGGUUCUCACUCCUUUCAAUCAAAGAUUUCAGGCACCCUUUAUACUCUCAUACAUAUCAUUGCAUGGACUAUUUCAAAUUUCCUAAAACAGGAACAAGCAGAGAGACUAACAGGGGGAGGGGAGAUGGGGGAGGAAGAUUGGACAAAGAAGAGAGGAUGGUCAGAUAGUGUUAAUGUUUGCUCUCUCGGCUAUGCAUGACCACUGCAUGUCUAAACCGCACUUUGGGGUCGAGAGCAUUCAAGCCCUGGAAACACAGUCAUGAUGGCUGAGCCCAAGUCCACAUAUCACCUGUUUAUCUGCAUGUUCCAGUAAUGUAUCCUCCAAACCCUUGGGAGGCAAUUAUGAGCAGUCAGCAAUUAUUACCCAAAUAUAGAAAAUGUCGUAAAUAGAUAAUACAAUAACUAAUUUGAUAAUAACAUAAGAUAAUCCUACUGAUGUAAAGUUGUCAAAACAUUUUUUUUUAAAUACAUUUUACAAUCUUGUGUGGCCAUUUGAUUUUGAUGACAAAUCCAAUAUGCUGAUUGGGUGCUCUAAUCUGACAAGGCCAGUAGGAUUCAGUAUUUUCACUUUUAAAGGCAUUUGAGUGAAAGACAAACAGCAGCCAAAUAAGAUCAGUUAUUACUAUGGUACUGUAGAUGGUGAAACAAGGCUGUGGAACCCUGCAGUUGUCGGUCACAAUAAACACCACAGAAUUCAGGGUUCCUUGUCGUACAGCUCAUGAGCCCACAGUAUUCCCUUCUGUUACCAGCUGGUUGACAGGGGACACUUCAAACUUUUAAAAUAAAUACAGUAUAUCUCCUCAAAGUGGAUGAACAUUAGUCUAUGACAGGUUGGGGACAUCUCUACAAAUGGUUAGCCAGCCUACACUUUGUCAGUAGCUAUAAUGAUCAGAACUUGUUACAGACUUGCCAAGGUACAGAUGAGCGGUGUGAGAAUAAGUCAGAGGAGUUGGAUCAUAAAUACAGGGAGAGAGGACCUGAUCCACCAUGUUUUAGUCCCUUUAAAGUGGUGGUAUGUGAGCCUACAAGCCUGGCACUUCCAAUAGAGCACACAGGGAUCUUUGAUCUAGAGAAGGCCACUGGUCUUUGUGUGUCUACUGUCCAACCAAUGUCAUCCCUAAAAUGAUGCUGUCCAUAGAGAUACACAGACAGGAAUGUCAUGAACAAAGCCAUGUUGUAAGUGGAUGGAAAAUAUGGCAACAAGUCUGCUGUCAACGAGCUCAACUUCUGAAUGUGAUGUGUCUGUUGUUUGCAUGUCCCACUGCCUUACGAGGCAGCAGCACUGCCGACUGCCACUCAGCCUGAACACAGACGACUGACUGCUCUUGAAUGAGAAUAUGCACAAACUGUGUUAGACAUCUUUAUUUUCUCUAUGUUGCACCUUUUUGUUGUUGAAGGGGAGGAGCCACAGCAGUCUUAUAUGUAUUCUGUCGAGUUAACGAUGACAGCUUCCAUUCAACAUGUUUCUUCAUGUUUUUAAUUUAGUUUUUUUUGAUUGGUGCAUAGGUGCAUUGGCUUAGCUGAUUAUACUGUGUAAUGUGUAUAUUUUAUGUUCAUAUGUGUGACGUGACCAGCAAAAUCUAUAUAGCUGUGUGUUACAAUGGGAUUUUGUAUGGAAAUGGCCCGAGUUGGUACGAUAAAUGCACAACUGAAAGCACAAUUGUUUGGAGACGUUGGAACCUGCAUAUGUGACUGGUGGUGUUAUUCUCUGUAAUGAAGUGUUUUCCAGAUACAUAAUCAAAAAACUGCGCUACAGACAGGAAGUACUUGUACAGAGGACAGAUGCAUUGGAGGCAGGACUGAAUAUUGAAUCCACUUGGAUAACUAUGGAGUUAUAAACUCUUUCAUAAUAUCAUGCUUGGUCUAAAGUCUGAAGUUAUUAUAAUGUUUACUUCACUGACAUGAAUGGUUCAUUUCCCUCAGUUGAUUCUGGAAAUGGUCGUUCCAUAUGAUUUCAAUCACUUUCUGACUGCACCCCUUUUGAUUUGAACGAAACCUUCCAUACAUGUUUGCCCAUGUGAGAAAUGGUCAGAAAGGGACUUUUUGGUCCUGAAUGCCAAAACAUUCAGGAUCUAGAGAUGCUCAAAGUUGACACAGUUUGCAUACCCUCUCCUACCAUGAGGCAUCCAUGUCUUCAUCACUGAAUACGAUAAACGGUUGAGUUUGACAUCAUUUGAAAGCUUACAAACAGGGUUAUCCAACUGUUAUAUGAUUGAUUGAAAGAAAGCUUUUAAAAUAAAAAUGAUGUCCUUUUUUUUUAAGCUUUAACAUAAAUGAUCGAAAAACACGUCAACUCAGAUGUUUUUUUCAUGUUCAUAUACAGUACCAGUCAAAAGUUGGGACACACAAGGGUUUUUCUUCAUUUUAUUUACUAUUUUCUACAUUGUAGAACAAUAGGGAAGACAUCAAAAAUAUGAAAUAACACAUGGGAUCAUGUAGUAACCAAAAAAGUUGAACAAAUCAAAAUAUAUUUUACAUUUGACAUUCUUCAAAGUAGCCUCCAUUUGCCUUGAUGACAGCUUUGCACACUAUUGGCAUUCUCUCAACCAGCUUCACCUGGAAUGCUUUUCCAACAGUCUUGAAGGAGUUCCCACAUAUGCUGAGCACUUGUUGGCUGCUUUUCUUUCACUCUAUGGUCCAACUCAUCCCAAACCAUCUCAACUGGGUUGAGGUUGGGUGAUUGUGGUGGCCAGGUCAUCUGAUGCAGCACUCCAUCACUCUCCUUCUAAUAUCCCUUACACAGCCUGGAGGUGUGUAUUGAGUCAUUGUCCUGUUGAAAAAUAAAAAAUAGUCCCACUAAGCACAAACCAGAUGGGGUGGAAAAUUGCUGCAGAGUGUUGUGGUAGCCAUGCGCAUUAAGUGUGCCUUGAAUUCUAAAUAAAUCACAGACAGUGUCAUCAGCAAAGAACCACCACACCAUCAAACCUCCUCCUCCAUGCUUCACAGUGGGAACUAUCUGUUCAUCUACUCUGCGUCUCACAAUGACAUGGUGGUUAGAACCAAAAAAUCAUCACACCAAAAGGACAGAUUUCCACCGGUCUAAUGUCCAUCUAUUUUGUUUCUUGACCCAAGCAAGUCUUCUUAUUAUUGGUGUCCUUUAGUAGUGGUUUCUUUGAAGCAAUUCAACCAUGAAGGCCUGAUUCACGCAGUCUCCUCUGAACAGUUGAUGUUGAGAUGUGUCUGUUACUUGAACUCAGUGAAGCAUUUAUUUGGGCGGCCAUUUCUGAGGCUGGUAACUCUAAUGAACUUAUCCUCUGCAGCAAACGUCACUCUGGGGCUUCCGUUCCUGUGCCGGUCCUCUGAGAGCCAGUUUCAUCAUAGCGCUUGAUGGUUUUUGCAACUGCACUUGAAGAAACUUUCCACACAUCAGAGCAUAUUGACUUGAGUGGGAAUAUCCAUGGUUAUAAAUUAAGCUGUCAAUCCUCCAUAGGAAACCUAUUGAAAUCAUAGAAAUACAGAUAAUAGAAUAUACUUUCCCAUUCAAGUUGACAUUCAACAAUGGGUGGACAAUCAGCCAUCUUUCUGGUAGUAAUUAUAAGUUAACGUUUCAAUUCAAAUGUCAAUGGUGUACCACCUACUGUACAUUUCAUGGGUCUGAAAGGAUAGGUCCAUUCUAUUAAUUAUAUAUCUAUGAUUAAAUAAACACCCACCCUGUAUUCAAGAGUAUGUUAUGUCUCAAUCGAUGACUGGUACAACACAAACACUUCAGAUUAUGUCAAAUAGGGUCUAAACUUGAGAAAAAUCAGAGUUUAUGUGUUUUUAGAUCAUAGACAUUAAAGCUUAAAGAACAUCAUUGUUUAAUUAAAACAAAUGUUCAAUAAAUCAUAGAAUAGUUUGACAACCCUGUUUGUAAGCUUUCAAAUUUGAUUAAACUCAGCCGUUUUAUCUUUUUGAAAGAUCAAGACAUGGCAGGAUGGGGUAUGCAAAAUGGAUCAACUUUGAGUACCUCCUGAAUGUUUUGGCAUUCGGGUCCAAAAAGUCACUUUCUGACCACUUCCACCAUGGGCAAACAUGAAAGUUCAAAUCAAAAAGUAUGCAGUUCAAAUCUAAAGGGGUGCAGUCAGAAAAUGACUUAAAUCAUAGGGGUGGCAGGGUAGCCUAGUGGUUAGAGUGUUAGACUAGUAACCGGAAGGGUUGCAAGUUCAAACCACUGAGCUGACAAGGUACAGAUCUGUCGUUCUGCCCCUGAACAGGCAGUUAACCCACUGUUCCUAGGCUGUCAUUGUAAAUAAGAAUGUGUUCUUAACUGACUUGCCUAGUUAAAUAAAGGUAAAAAAUGAAUAAAAUAUGGAAAGACCCCAAAGCUUAACGGUGCCUUUUUAGCAUUUAUAUAUGAUGAUAUUUUUUUUUUUCUCCACUGGGCUGCAUAUGUUUCUACAGUGCCUAACUAGAAGAAUUCAUGCAGAUGUAAGCCCAGUUUCUGAAACUAGGAUAACACACACGUUCAAAGUCUGCAAACCUACUACAGUACAUUUCCCUACCACUCGUACAGUGAAUUUAUUACACAAAACUGGCCUUAAAAUACAUGCUUGAUAAUGUUAACAUUCUGAUUUCUUUCAAAUAAAUGUAUUAAAAUGCACAUAACAGAGAUGACAGUCUCUGUGGAUGAGAAAUGCUAAAUGAAUUAUAAUAUCACAUGUAAAUAAACUACAAACAUGAAACUGUC